CACGCGCAUACUCAUGCACGUGACAGGCGACUUCGGCAACUUCUCGUCGCUCCCGUUCCCGCGUUGCGGAGGCGGAGGACGAAGGCGCCACCAAGAGCUGUCGUGACCGCCGCCCGUGGGUGUGCGCGCACAACGCCCGUGCGAUGGGCAGCCUCCAAAAUGCCGCCGGUGCCGAACCCGGCAUCGCAGCAUCGGGACGUGAGAGUCCGCCUGCCAGUUUCAGUCAACUGGGAAUACCAACGGGCCCGGAACUCCGGAACACAGUCCUUUUUGGGCCGAUUAAGCCACUGAGAUCUGUGUCUCGAUUAGAAUGGACAUUUUUUACCAUUUCAUCACUGAGCCUCAUUGUGUCCCUGGGUUUCACAGUGGAACGUUUGAUAACCUUACCAAAGAACACGGAUGAUUACACUUUUGCCAUCAUGUUGUGCUUCACAUCAUUAUUCUGUUUCUAUUACAUUGUACAUGGGAUAUUGAAGGAAAGAUACCACGAGAUUGCUGUCUUCAUCAGCAGUAGCUUUCUUCUUCUUGUCUACUUGGUCCUCAAUGUUGCAUCAACAAGCCAAACUGUUGGAGCAUCCAUUGAGAAAAAGGUGCGGCUGGGUGUGGCUGUCUUGUUUUUAAUCGGCAUCGUGUACCUAGGUGUGCGAGUGGCACACGGAUACCGGCGUGAGCGGAAGCUGCUGUUCCGCAUCAAUGCCAAAGAAGACCUGCAAGCCAUGCUCGGAUGGCUUUUCCUCUGCUCCUCUCUCAUCUUUUUCGACGUGCAGCUACAGGGCACCAUGCUCAUCUUUGUCAUGCACAAUGGUGUAGAUUUGAAUGACAUUGAGACCAUUGUGCUGGCUGUUGGAGUACUAGUGACCGUAGUCUGGGCCUUUGCAGGGGAAUUCACUAUAUACAAGGAAAGUAAGGCCUGGCUAUGCGUUUUUGUCCUGCUAUGGUUCCCCAAUGUUGUCUACAUAGGCCUGAGGCUAUACGAUUUGCAACGAAGCAAAUCGUUGACCGUUCUGUACCAGGCCACAGUGACAUGUGCUGUGGUUGCCCUACUGAUUCGAGUGAUAUUGGCAUUUACCAUGUACAAGGUGGUGCGCAACUUUGGCCGCGGGCUUCGAGAAAAAUCAGUGUGCGCAGGAGAGUCAUUGGAGUCGCUGCGCCCCUCCACUUACUACCGCUACUCUGCUCCUGACGUGGGUGUAGCUCAUUCACCCUGCAGUGGAAGCCAUUGGGACCAAUCAGCCGCAGCCCAGUGAACAGGCUGGAGAUGAAGAGGGAGUGUGAUCUGGUCUUAAAGCAUGGUCGGACACUGUGCCAUGUACAGUGUCCGACCCAGCUGUGCACGUCAAGAGCAUUCUGGCAUGGAUGAUUAAGAGCCAGUGCUACGUGCCAUAGCCCACAGCACAAUGAGUGUCUGCAAUCAAUCAACAAGCGUGGAAGUGCCCCUUAUAUCACCCUGUUUAUAGUCCAGAUGCUUCUACACAUUUUGGUGAUAUAACUGCCAUCUUACGAAGUGCAAUUCUCACUGUGAAUGGGCUGCAGCCUACGACCAAACAGUCGCUGUCACGUUGUGAUCGUCAGAUUGAGUUAAUUUAGUGUGGCAUACUUUGGUUCCAUUAUUUUUAACAUGGAACUGUUAAAACUAGUGUGUGCCAGGUCUUCUAUGCCCGGAAGUGAGAACUGCAAAAACAAAACUGGAACAUCAUUCCAUCUGUUAUAUUCUGUGCAUGCGGCUUUUGCUUCAUGUUAAGCGAGCAAGUUCCUAGUGUCAUGUUCCUUUGCUAUUAUCAGAAAUUGUUUUUGACAUCCUGGCUGGUAUUUCAUGUCAUAGUAUUCUCAUUUGUUCACUGUUUACAUAUUCUAUUGUUCAGUGUUUAUAUAGUGAUCUCGGUUUGUGUUGCUGAGUGAUUGUUGUCAAUUCAUCAAAGCCUAAGGCUGUGCUAGUCUGCGUGCCACUAAAACUGAAUACUGUAGGUCACUGAAAUAUACCUUGCGUGCCUUGUAGGCCAAAGGGUGCCUCUUGUAUGCUUUUGACAUUGUCAACUGAUCUAGCGACAAUAUUUGUCUCUUAAGUAGAUUGUCCCCAGUUCUGUUGGCAGAUUGUAGCACAGCAGCACUCUACAGUACUAAUCUGACUGCAUCUGCUCAAUGCUUGUAUUCUUGUAGUUUCUGCUAAGUGUCAGUUUCUAUUGAAUACCUGAAUUAUUAUUGCAGGACAGCUAGAGGUGUCUCUGUUAGCAAGUUGUGCAACAUGUAGUGGCACAUUCUAAGCAAUGACAUCUAAUGUCCCAUAUUGCUGCAGUGCACUUUUUUCUAUCAAGUACGAAGCUCCAGAGCUUCCCUGCAGGAAAAAGAGAGAGAAAAAAGAAUUCUGUCUUAGGAGAAAGAAAGCCUAGAUCCUUUCCAGACAGUUUUCAUCAUUGAAACAUCACUUUGUCAAAAGGCUCAUCACUAUGAAGAAAAUUUGUAUAUUAUUGGGCCAAAUUAGGGGAUUGAUGGUCACACAGUUCAGUUGGUUUAGCUGUGUAACAGUCACCCUGGACACAUAUUAGGAUAUUAUGCUAUUGGUGUGAGUCCCAAUGUAUUGCAACGCCCACUGACCAGACAUCAACUGUCAAGUAGCUUUGAGAAGGUUCUAGUUGCCGAAAAAAUGCUAAUCGAAGCAUCAACCAAAAUAGUACCGAAAUUUAAGGACAUUUGAUGUUCCCAGUUAUUGCGGAAAAAAAAUGCACAGCCUGACUAUACUACCUCUUGCACACAUUGAUGUAGAGUUUUAACAGUUAGCUUCUUUUCAUUCACCUGAGAUGGUGCUCUCUAAAGCUGUUGACCUUCUAGACAUGAUCAUGCUCACAGAGCCCUUCAUUAAUUUUGAAGGUGACACAUUUAGGCUCUCAAUUAUAGUCUAGACAUUCCUAUCUAAUUUUGUAGAAGUUGCUGGUGGAAGUUGGUGAAUUGUACAUUCUACAAUCGUCAUUGUGGCAGGAGCUUGUAAACGAUGUCUUCCCACAUUAAUGAAUUACCCCUUGUAAGUGCAUUUGCACACUCAUAAUAAGCAGAGGCUCCACAGAUUGUUGCCUCUGCCAUUGCAAAAUUUGCAGAAAUGUGCCAUUUCAUGUCACCCAAAGCAAUUAUAUAACCAGGUUGUAAAUAAUAGAGGUAAUGUUGAUGUGCUUCCAUGUAUAAAAUGCAAUUUUAUGCCAUUCAAGAAUGCAAGUAGUGUGUAGUCAUCAGUAGAUAGGUGGCAUUUCUUGAGACCAUACAAUGCAUGCAUCUGUGACAAUAUUGUUUUUCUUAAACAUCUAUAACUGUCUGCUUCCACCUCACCAGGCAUAGUUGUGCUUCUGUUCAAGUAUGUGUAACACAACUUACUUUAUGCUGAACUGUAAUGGCAUAGCUUAAUCUCGUAGCCAAAUUUUAUUUUCCGAAAAACAUUUGAAGUACUCUUAAAAGUACUUGCACGCGAGGUUACAACAUCCAAAAUUAGUUUCACAUUACUUUCUACACCAGGGUGAAAUUAGUGGGCUUGUUACAAAAUGAAACGGGCAUCUGUGCAAAAGAAUGCUUUCAUAAAUGCAUGUGUUCUCACUCUACACCAUUUGAAGUUGAACCAGCUCAUACCUUCUCGCAUCCUCUAAACUGGAUUAUGUUGCGGAGAUGAUGAAUUCAAUUUGUAAAACAAAUGAAUGCAUUUGCAUAGUUUUCUUGAAGUGUUCCUCAUCGGAAACUCUUGUGUGCGGAGCACGAGUGCAAUAUUGUGGCAUUGUGAUGUCAGCAUCCAGCUUUACAAGCUCAGGACCAGUAAGUCACAAAAUUUCGGCAACCGGCUUGAAGUGGUUAAGCAGAAUAGGUAAGGUGCCACGUGGGCAAUGCUGGUAGGCACCGAUUUCAGGCAGGUAAACUUACUUUGUAGCCUGCUUUUGUAACUGGGGAUGUGUUGGAGCGUGAAACAGCUUGUUGUGCAGGCAUUUGCACCGACAGAGCUCGAUUUGAGGUGCUCACAUAUCACCUUAAAGGGACACUCAAGAGAAAUAUUAAAUCAAAAGUCGAUUUUAAGAAGAGAAAAUAAAAGCUUUCUCUUUUCAAAUUUUGCCCUAGUGCCCCGGUGCUAGUACAUCGGUGUGACAUCUCGGAUUUCAUAGUAGUUUCUCAUAUUUGGGCCGUUUUGGCUCUGUAAAAAUUCGUGAAACUUGCUAAGUUCAAUCUAUAGCUCCUUUAGAAUACAAUUAAGUUCAUCUUUACCAAGAAAACAUUAACUAUAGCCCAAGAAGACGCUGUAAAAAUUGACGACCUUACAGUGAGCUGGUGUGGGAACUGCAAGGCUGUGAUGCCACCCAUCUUUCAUUUUUGUCUCUUUGGCUUACCAAGCCUCCUUUCACUGCAAGAGUUUGGUGUUGUAGAACGGCAAUUCACUAAUGCAGCUCAAAUUAUUUUUUGCUUUAGUGUCCCUUUAAACGGACACUAAAGAAGAAUGUUAAGUUAAGCUGGAUUGGUAAAUAACACUUGUGGAACACUAUAAGUAUCAGUCUUACCAUUAGCAGAGUCUCGGUAAACCAGAAAAGAUGCAAGAACGAAAGACAAUGCUGAAGUUCGGGCCCACACUAGCUCCUCACGAAAUCAUGAUGUUUAUAAAUCGUGUGCCUGGGACUAAUUAAUAAUGGUUUAUCAAUAAACAAAGACUGCAUUUCGUUGCAAAGCAUCCAAAGGCUCAAACAAGUGAUUACCGUACAUUUUCUUAAUAGAAACAGCCCAAGUGUGAAGAUACAUUGAAAUCCACGACAUACCAAUGUAUCGGUGCUACAGUUAGCGUGUAAUGUUCACUUUGCCCUUCAUCUGAACAUAUAACUUUGCUUUUGCCACCAUAUAAAUUGAAAUUACCUUGAAAGAUUACUUCACGAGAUUAAACUAACUUAAUUUUCAUCAUUAGUGUCUCUUUUAGUUGGCAACACUUAGCCUAGUGGCCACAGUACUAGUUCCUGUCGCAGUAUAGCCCAGUGGUGGUCAUUACUUGCACAUAUUGUUGAUGAUGCAGCGUGUGGAAUAUACAUACUUGAAGAAUCGUGGAAAACGAGGCUGUAAGUCAUUGAAGGAGAGACUGCUAAUCCUUUUUAUGUCACGGAAUCGGCACCACUGUGCUUUGCGUGCAUCUAUUCACCAAGAUCUUGAUUUGUGGAAAUUUCUCAUGUAUAUCAUCCAACACAAAGCAUUUUCACACUUGUAAAACAUGUACUUUAAUAAAUAAAACAUUUGCCUUGGUUUACAAA